AUGCUAUUCCUUCAACCCGUCAACCUUCCAAAUCCUGUUUUCCGCGAUAUAGUUUCGAACCUGGUCAUACUUAGGAGAAACCCUGUAUCCUCGUGCUCUACGCCGCAAUACCACCCACACCUACAGUUGACUCCAUUUUCCCAAUAUCUCGUUUCGUUUCGUCUUGCGCCUUCAGCUCCUUCGCGCGAUGUGUCUCAAUUGAAGAUAAUUCUCCACAAACGGCACGCACGGGUAAUGGUUAUCAAUCAAUAG